CUUCCUUUUGUGUGCGUCUGCUUCACUGUCUGGCUGGGACGGAGGGUUUCCACGCUAAGCAGGCGGCUACCGACAUCAAACCCAUAGAGCGGUGGUUUCAUCUGUCCAUGGUUUCGAAAUAAUUUGUAGUCGUAUUCAAUAUAACUAUCCAUGAAGUCGGAGCUCAGUGGACUUUAUUCUCUCGCUGGCUCGCAGACGCUUCAGUGAACUACUGCAGCACCAAGAGACUAAGCACGCCGCCGCCGCCGCUGCUGUUGUGAGAGACGAAAACAAGCUCAGUGAGCAGUCCGGUAAGCUGUGUGAUCAUUGACAGAGUUCAAUACACACACGCUUCAAGUGAUAGCUGGUGCGGGAUACCACUUGGCGUCUUCAAGAACCGACAGCUGGGAAGAUUUAGUCGCUGAAGACAGGUAUUAUCACUAUUAUAUAGGUUAUUUUUUCUCUGAGCCACCGUCAGGCACAAUUUGCACAAUUUCCACCAGCUUGUCUGCAACCCCCUCCCAACCCAGACAGUCUUCUGCCCCAGCAUGAAUGAAGUCAGUGUUGUGAGAGAGGGAUGGCUCCACAAGAGAGGUGAAUACAUUAAAACAUGGCGACCUCGUUACUUCAUCUUAAAGAGCGAUGGCUCUUUCAUCGGCUACAAAGAAAAGCCUGAGGUGUCCAGUGACCACAGUCUCCCACCACUCAACAACUUCUCAGUUGCAGAAUGCCAGCUGAUGAAAACAGAGCGCCCCAAGCCUAACACGUUUGUCAUUCGUUGUCUGCAAUGGACCUCCGUUAUUGAGCGCACCUUCCAUGUAGACAGCAUCGAGGAGAGGGAGGAAUGGAUGCGAUCGAUCCAGCAAGUGGCAAAUAGCCUGAAGAGUCAGCAGCAGGAUGAGGAGCCCAUGGAGAUCAAAUUUGGCUCGCCAAGUGACAGCAGCGGCACAGAGGAGAUGGAAAUUGCUAUAUCCAAAUCCCGCACAAAAGUGACGAUGAGUGAUUUUGACUACCUGAAGCUACUGGGGAAAGGGACAUUUGGUAAAGUGAUCCUGGUGAAGGAGAAGGCCACUGGGAUGUACUACGCCAUGAAAAUCCUCCGCAAAGAAGUCAUCAUUGCUAAGGACGAGGUGGCACACACAGUUACAGAAAGCAGAGUUCUCCAAAAUACGCGGCAUCCCUUUCUAACGACACUAAAAUACGCAUUUCAAACGCAUGACCGGCUAUGCUUCGUGAUGGAGUAUGCAAAUGGAGGAGAACUCUUCUUUCACUUAUCACGGGACAGAGUGUUCACAGAAGACAGAGCGAGAUUCUAUGGUGCAGAAAUAGUGUCAGCACUGGAGUACCUACACUCACGCAAUGUAGUUUACAGGGAUUUAAAGCUGGAGAACCUCAUGUUAGAUAAGGACGGCCACAUAAAGAUAACAGACUUUGGGCUUUGUAAAGAGGGGAUCACAGACGGUGCCACCAUGAAAACCUUCUGUGGAACCCCGGAGUACCUGGCUCCAGAGGUGCUAGAGGACAAUGACUACGGCAGAGCAGUGGACUGGUGGGGACUUGGCGUGGUCAUGUACGAGAUGAUGUGUGGCCGGUUGCCGUUUUACAACCAGGACCACGAGCGUCUCUUUGAGCUAAUCCUCAUGGAGGAGAUCCGCUUCCCCAAGAACCUGGCUCCCGAAGCCAAAGCCCUGCUGGCCGGUCUGCUCAAAAAGGAUCCCAAACAAAGGCUCGGAGGCGGACCAGACGAUGCCAAAGACGUGAUGAGCCACAGGUUCUUCACCUCCAUCAACUGGCAGGAUGUUCUUGAAAAAAAGCUCAUUCCACCCUUCAAGCCCCAGGUAACAUCAGAGACGGACACACGUUACUUCGAUGACGAGUUCACAGCACAAACCAUAACAAUAACGCCCCCUGACAAGUAUGACAGUUUAGAUCCAGUGGAUUCAGAUCAGCGCACGCACUUCCCUCAGUUCUCCUACUCUGCCAGCAUACGGGAAUGAUCACUUAGAGUCUUGAACAAGCAGGCAGGCUUACAUACGAUCACUAUCCCACAUACACACUUGCACUGCUGGGGAAUUGGAACGACACCAACAAAAACUGGCACAAGACACAUUUUCAUUCGGUCUUUAACGCACCUACACACAGACACGUACACACAUACUGGCAAAUCAGACCAGACGGGGAUCAUAGAGUAUGAAAUGAACACAAAGGGCGUGAAUGACUGACCUCAGCAGGUUUGUGCGGAUAGACUGGCAGCUUUGUCUCUGUGCAUCCUCUCAGGGUUGGCUUUAGGCUUCCCUGCAGGACCUGUGCUGCACUACACUGGGUACCGCAUCAAAGCCUUGACACUUUGACAAACCAGGUUAUGCCAGCAAGUACCACCUCUUUACCAGCUGUACCCAUGCCACACACACACCCACCAACCCAUGCAUAGACUGCAUAUAUAUAUAUAUAUAUAUAUAUAUAUAUAUAUAUAUAUAUAUAUAUACACACACACACAAACGUACUUGAUAGAAUUUUGAAAAGUGUAAUCAAAAUUAGGAAAAAUGGAAAACAUUUGGGGAAAAGACACAUUUUUAUUUCAUCGAUUGUCACGGUUUUAAAUGUAAAGCCAUAUUUCUGCAUUUUUUGUGAUUUGUUUUUUUUAACAAGUGCUCUUUCUGGAACUUGCUGUUACAAAUCAAGUGUGGGACCGUUCCUACAGUGGGGGGAGGGGGGGGGGGGGUUGCCAUUUCUGUGUUUGCACUGCACAUGUGUUUAAGCGAAUGCAAGAGUGGAUGUGUGAAUGUAUGCGUAUGUGCAUUAUAAGUGCAGGAGAAUGCGUGACCAACCAUUUUGAUUCUCAACCAUCCAUUUGUGUCUGUUUUUAUGCAUGUUUUUAACUAUUGCUGGAAUAUUGACAUGAAAGGACACUACACGGCACACUCAAUGGCCUUUUUUAAAAGGGAACAAGCAUGUAGUUUAUGAUCGCUGUGACCAGCUUGGCGCUAAAUUGACUCAGUCAGGAAUAGAAACUGAGAUCUCUUGCAUGGCUAACCUUUGCUUUAAAAGCUGCAUUAAUUUAACAGCGAUGCAGCAGUCAGGCUCUUAGAGUCAGUGUCGCUGUGUCCAGACUGACUUACCGACCAACUAGCUGCUGGUUGGAGGUGUAAGAGUGAGUUUUCAUUAAGGCCAGUCCCUCUGUGUUAAAGACAGUUAGAAUAGAAACUUGCCCGCAGUUGUUCCUCAACCCAUCCAGAGAGACCAGUGUAGGCGAACAGCCACUUGCUGUCUUUGAUCCAGUAAUCCUCACUCCUAGCUGAAGAGUUAGGCCACCAAUCUUUUAUUCAUUUUCUAUUUCUAAAAUCAGUGUAUGUUUUUUAAAAUAAGCCUUUGAGUGUUCCUGUAUUUAAAGAAUGAGAGUUCAAUCGUUAAGUCUUUUUAAUGAGGCCAAAAAUUGACUGAAUUGGUGGAUGUUUAGCACUUCAAAUGAUUCCACAUUUGAUGUUUAGAACCUUUUUGUUUGUGUUUUCUUUAAUGCUGUGUUGAGGCACUUAAAUCUGCGUAGUUGUAUAUCAGGAGCAACGGUCUGCAGGUUCAAUCCAACUAAACGCUGCAUGAGUUGGUCGAUCAACCUGCGGACAGGGGGAACUAAUCAAAAUAUCAGCUGAUAUACUGUUAAAUUGAAAUGAAAAUCUACGUGCUUUAACGAGUCAUGACGGCACAUGAUUGAGAGAAGUUCUGGAGAGCAUACUGAAAAGCAAGCAUUUUAUAUUCCAUAUUGCUGAAAGAGACGUCGGCUACUCUUUGGGCUUCACUAAAGGAACAUCAAGAUCUUUUUGUUUGUCAUUGAUUUGUUUUUGUUUGUUUGUUUUCUCAUUUUUUUGUCCAUCUAUUUCUCAAAUUUUGGAAGAAACAUUGUCUUGUUUAAGUAUACAUUAUAUUAAAUAUAUAUUAAAAGUUUUUAAACGGC